AUGACGUCUGGACUCUUCAUGACCAAUCGUUUUAUGGAAUGGGGGGUUCCAGUGAGAAGACGAUCUGGAAAACAUAAACCCUCAAAUCUGGUGGUGAAACAGCUGGAAAAGCCUGUGGUGGGCAGCAAAACAAAACAGACAUUUUUGUACACCACCCGCAGGAAUAAAAGUGCUGGUGUGGGUAGACUUGCAUCUCGAGCUAUCCAGUGCCGCAUAGAAGAACGAGCUGUCAUUUUAGCAUUUUCUCUUAUAGGAUUUCUGUUUCUUGACCAUCUCCAUGGUAGAGAUAUGCUUGAUGUCCAUGUGCACACUCUUCUCCUCUAUGCCAUCUUUGGACAAGCUUUCAUCUGCCUUCUGGAGGUUUUCCACAGAGGUAAUAUUCUACUAGAACUGCUCCGAGCCACUCUCACUGUACUACAGGGCAGCUGGUUCUGGCAGAUUGGCUUUGUGCUGUACCCACCCAGUCAAGUGAAAUGGGAUCAGACAACCUGGUUGGAUCAGAUAGACCAUGACAACGCUAUCUUUGUCACAUUACGCUACUGCUGGCACCUAGCGUUUGCAUUGCUCACUGUAGCUGUAGUUUACUUGUCUGUUCUCUGUGCUGUGCGUUCCAGACUAAGGAGGAUGCCACCCUUGGAAAUGGGGCUUUUGAAACCAAGGGAGAAAGAAGUAGAGUCUGAAGAUGAGAUUUUAUGAGUAUUUAUCAUCCUUACAUGUUCUAGCCAGCAUCCAAAUACAUUUGGACCUGAACCCAAAGAAAAGUAUAGCGACAGAGAGUGAGAGAUAGAUAUGAACAGAGAGGCAUUGUCACAAAAUAUUAGCUCUGUCUUCAUUUCCUGAAGAGCGGAUGGGAAAUGAUAAACAGUGACAGUCUUGCUUCAAAAGAUCUGUUUCAUCAUAUACUAUAAUGAGUGACUCGAAGUAAAUCUCCAGAGCCAUAGUGUUAUAUCUCCCGCUCAUGUUCCUAGUAUGAUCACUCCAGUGAUAACCGCUCUCUGUUCAUGCUAGGUGAAUUACUUUUUUGA